AUGGAUUCAGAGACAGUCGAACAUGUUCCAAUAUCGGAUGAUCAACAAUUAGAUAAACAUACUAGCGAAGAAACAUUAAAUGUUGAGAAUAAAAAUGGUACUGUUAAAGAGAGUAAAGUACAAAAAAUUGGGAUGUUGUGUGUUUCCCCUGGUUUACACUCUGAAACUUUGAAUGAUAAAAUGUUAAGUACCUUAAAAGUCUCUGAAGAUAUGGAGAAAGCUGAGAGAUCAAGAAGAGUAUCUGAUGUUAGUGAUAGUAUGCAGAAUAUUCCAAGAAAACAAAUCGAUACACAAGAAGAUCUAAUGUUAGUUAAAGAUCAAUUAAAAGAUUUGAAGAAAAAUUCAUUAAACAGGAAAUCCAUACCAGCACCUUUAGCAAUUAAUGAUGAUACAACGAAUAUGAAAUCUGGAUUCAGAUCCUCUAGAAUUCAAGGUAGAAAUACCUUCAUAACAAAUGAUGCGCCAUUUAGCAAUACAAAUACUUUAAGAAGUGCCCCUGCAUGUGUUACUAAACAUACAAUUCAAAAAAGACCUCGUGUUCAAUAUUGUGGAAAGACUCCUAGAAUGAAUCCACCAAACACAAGUACAUCAAAUUAUCCUCGUGUACCAUUCCACCGAAGACAAGCUUCAUCAGAAUUCCCUACAAAUUUUACACCGUUUCAAAAUCAAUACGUGUCACCGGCUCCUGUUGAUCCAUAUAUGUACCCACCAUAUUACAUACCUCAUCCAUCCGGCCAUUACCUAGUUCCAAAUGUAAUGGGAUUCACACCUCAAUCACCAGUAGCGGGUCCCAUGCCAUUCAAUAUAAACAGAAGUGCAAACCCAAUGUUUUCACCACAGGUUUCAUUGUAUCAAACAUGGCCAAAGCAAGAUAUUAAAAUUACAAACAAAAGAGAGAACACUAUAUUCAACAAGAACAAUUCCGAACCAGUCCAUAUUAAUUUAAGUGAAAAUAGUACUUCAAAGGAUAGUAAGUCUGAUGAUGAGAGUACAGCAUUGGCAUUAGAUGAUGAAGAUAUCUCAGAUAAUAACGAAAGUACUAUCGAAACCAAGGUAAAAGAGAUGAUUGAUGGCGAAAUUUCGUUAUUAGGUCAUGAAUUUAAAUUUGAAUAUCAAAAAUCGUCAAGAAAAAUGGAUAAGAAAAUAUUUAUUUCUGUUUGUAAUAAAAUUUGGGAUGAUACAUUCGAACUUGAAAAGAGAACUAAUCAAUAA